AACACCUUAUGGCCAGGUAACUAAAACACCUUUUCACAUUUUUUUUACUUAAAAAGUCGAGUUCUUAGUGUUUCUUUUAUCUUUCAGGUUUUAUGCUGCAGAGAUAGUCGUUGCUUUGAAGUUUAUGCACAAAAGGGGAAUAGUAUAUCGAGAUCUGAAAUUGGACAACAUUCUGUUGGACAGAUCGGGUCAUGUAAAAAUCGCAGAUUUCGGGAUGUGUAAAUAUAGAGUGACAGAUGAACUGAAAACUUCGACUUUUUGCGGAACACCUGAAUAUAUAGCACCAGAGAUUAUCUGCGGAAAAAAAUAUAACCAAUCUGUCGACUGGUGGUCGUUUGGUGUACUUCUGUACGAAAUGCUGAUUGGUCAAUCGCCUUUUAAUGGCGGUGAUGAGGAAGAAGUCUUUUGGUCCACUUGCAACGAAGCAGCUUAUUAUCCUCGAUUUAUCAGCAAAGAAGCGAAGGAUAUACUUUCCAAGUUACUGGAAAAGAAACCCCAGAAGCGGUUGGGAAUGCCUAACUGCUCAUCAGGAGACAUUUGUGAUCAACCAUUCUUCAGAACUGUUAACUGGGAGAAGAUUGAACAUCAAGAACUGGAGCCACCGUUUAAGCCUAAGGUGAAAAGCCCAUCUGAUUCCAGUAAUUUUGACAAUUUUUUUACAAUGGAGAAAGCAGUUUUAACUCCUGUUGACCUGCAGAUUCUAAUGUCUAUGGAUCAGUUACAAUUCAAAAAUUUCAGUUACACCAACCUUCGCAUGAUUGACUAAGUCAACCUAAAGGUGAGUUAACAGGAUCAGCUACACUGGUUGACUAGAAGUAUAUCAAAAUGUGUAUCACGAAUGAUCACCUAUCCCUUGCAUUACUGACUAGAAGUUAACCAAAACAGAUAUUGAACUAUGAAUAAGAAAAAUUUAUAUGUACAGGUUGAGUACCUUGUACUACAAUUAUUCUGGAGUUAUAACAUGCCAUUAUCUAUAUUGCCAUGUUUGAUCAUGCUCUAUUUGAUGAGGCUUCCAGUUCCUCAGUGAUAAGUCUGUGAGCUUAUAAUGCUAAAAACUGGGUUUUGAUUCCUAUGGUAGGCAGAGCACAGAUAGCCAAAUGUGUAGCUUUGUGCAUGACAAAAUAAAAUUUUUUUGAGAGAGUCUUGACAUGUCCAGCUUACAUUCCAUUAAAAAAGAUUACACGUUAAUGUUGUAAUGUUUGCUCCAUCUACUUUACUUAAGGUCAGUAGUGGUUUAAUGAAUAUCAUGGAAGCAACUUUUUGUACGUGUGACAAGUAACUUUUCUAGAACAGAUUCUUCUCAAUUAUGAAACAUGAAACCAUGUCAAAAAUGUAGUUCUGAUACAUUCUAUUCCAAUGCAAUUUUAGAUCAAAUGUGAUAGACAUGUGACUUACUUUUUUUUUAAAUAUACAUGUAUAUUUCAAAAUGUUGUUUAAAUCAUCAAAAUUGUCAGCAUUGAUGUCACUGACAAGAUGUUAGCCUGAUGAUGUAUGAAGGUCAUCACGAGGAUCAGCUAUUGAAUACCCAAAAAAAUAUCCAGGUAUAAAGACAUUAGUUAAACGAAGUUUUGCAUGAAUGUAUAGAAAAUAACUAUAAAACUGGUAAUUUUGUCCACAAUAGUGAUGCUUACACACUAUUCCAUCUACGACUACAAAAAAAAGAUGUAAUUGCAGAACAGCAUCACUUAAAAUGUUUUAUGUGCAAUGAUAACUUGUCUGAUUUAAACACUUAAGUUCUGUUUUUUAAUGAUAUUUGUCUAAGCUGUAACAACACCAGUUCUACUAUUAAAAGCAUUAAUGGAAGUAACA